UACAUAUAAAUGACACAAGUUCUAUUUUGUAAACAUUAUUUAAUUUUUAAAUGCACUUAUUAUUUCAUAAAGUGUAAACAACAGUGAUGAAAUAGUUUCAAUAACAACUUGUAUCAUAAUAAAUUGACAUACAAUGGAAAAUGAAAACAAUGAAAGUGUUACAAUGGGAAAUGAGGAUAAUGAAGAUUGGAGAAAAUUUACAUUUUCACCACCAAGUGUUGUACAUAAUUCGGAAAGAAUUAUUAAUUUUGGAAUUACAUCUGAUCAUGUAAUAUCACCAGAAAUUCCAAUAAAUGAUGAAUUUCAAUUUUCACUUCCAACAACUCUAUUUAAAACUACAAAUGUAUCCUAUUCGGAAGAUGCCAAUUGUCAAGGUUCGACUAAACAAUACAAACCUCGAAUUUCAAGAAAUACUUUCAAAGCUCCAGUUAAUGUUUUUGCACAAGCUCUUAAAGGAUCACAAACAUAUGAGCAGUUGAAAAAAAAUACUAAAUCACAGCAGCAGAAAAACAACAUUGAAAAUUCAAUUACUUGUACGAUGGUGCCUAAAUCGUUACUUGACAAAACUGUUGCUAAAGAGCAUUUUUCAACAUUUGGAGAUAUUUCAAAAAUUUUGAUACGUCCAAAGAAACAAAGUAUUGUUGUAUUUUAUGUUACAAAAGGUGAAGCAAACAUUGCUUAUUAUAAAUGUGGUUUAUUUUUAAAUGAAAAAUUUAAUGUUCAAUGGACAAAUCAAGUAGUUAAAUCACCAACAAAAAAAGUUGACUCCAAUACUUCAACUGUAUCUCGUAUUCUGAAAGGAGACGAUGAUAAUUAUCAAGAUGAAUUAGAAGCACUAAAGAAUUUGGAAUAUAAUUUACAUGAAGAAACACCAAACGAAAUGAAACAACUGACAUGCAUUACAAAGUCAAGAAUAAUGAAAACAAAAGAAAUAAAACAUGAUAAAGCAGCAUUGCGCUUAGAAAAAGUAACCACUGCAAAAGUAGAAAAAAUUGGACCUUCCAUACCUAAAGCAACCAUCGAGGAAUUACAGUAUAUCAUUCGUCAAGCUGCAUUAACUACUGAGGAUAAAUAUAAAAUUUUAGAAGCACGCGAUAGACUUAUGAGACUAAUGCAGGCAAAAUCAAUAAGUUUGGCAACAGCACAAAUUACCAGAGGCACUUGUCCAGAUAUGUGUCCAGAAAAAGAACGUUUAAUGCGUGAAACUCAACGUCAAGUAUCGUUUUAUGAACAAUUAGAUAACAAGGGAUUAAAAAUAAAUCAUAUGAUUGCUGUGAAACAAUAUUCAAGAUCAUCGGCCGAUCAAGAGGAGCCAAUGCCACAUGAUUUGAGACCCGUCAAAUCUUUAAAGAUGACAAUGAGUUAUUUACUUCAUGAAAUAGUUGAUUUAUGUGAAAGAGCAGAUACAAAUCUAGCAGAAUGGUAUCAUUUUCUCUGGGAUCGAAUGCGAGGAAUUCGUAAAGAUAUCACUCAACAAGAACUCUGCUGUCUCGACAGUGUUGAAUUAGUUGAACAGUGUGCACGUUUUCAUAUUUUCUGUUCAGAACGACUUUGUACUGAAGAUUCAAAUGUUUUUGACAAGAAAAUUAAUACAGAAAAUUUAACAAAAUGUUUACAAACUUUAAAAUAUAUGUAUCAUGAUCUUAUGUUAAAAGGUAUUUCAUGUAAAAAUGAACCAGAAUUUCGUGCCUACAUUAUAUUAUUGAAUUUAAAUAAUGGUAGUUUUAUGUGGGAUCUUCAAAAACUACCGUCAUCAAUACAAAAAUCAUCACAAGUUAAAUUCGCCAUUGAAGUUUAUUCGUCGAUAGUGUCAAAUAAUUAUGUUAAAUUUUUCAAACUUCUACGAAACACAACAUAUUUGAAUGCAAGUAUUUUAUUGAGAUAUUUUAAUCAAGUAAGAAUAACUGCACUAUCCGUGAUGGUUAAGGCUUAUUGUAGAACUAUAUCAAAGCCUUAUCCAUAUCCAUUGUAUGAACUUAUUGAUAUUCUUGCAUUUGAAGAUGAAAGAGAGACUAUUUAUUUUUGUGAACAAGUUGGAUUGAGUUUAUCGCAAGAUGAAUUGUAUGUUUUAUUAAAUAGAGAACAUUUUGGUUCAUCGGAACAUAGUGUUGAACAAUCUAGAGCAUUUAAUGUAAUUGAAAGCAAACGACAUUCUGAUUAUUCAUCCGUUGGUCAAUGCAUUGCAGGAGGAACUUUACCACAACAAUUAUAUAAAAAUCAUCAACCUCACGAUAGUUUUAAUUCUCAAGGCUAUCUUCUUGAAGAAUCACUAAAAGCUGAAGAUCAAAAAAUUCUCUCAUAUGAAAAGAAUGAUCCAUAUGAAUUUAUUGAUGAGACUGAAAGUUAUCAUUCAAAAAAUACUCAUGAGAUUAUAGGAAAAACUCAAAUCUCUGCAAAUAAGCGUAAACUUAAUUUUGAUGCAUUUUGUGAUAAUAAAAUGAACACGCUAACUGAUAAAUCGAAAAUAAAUACAAAUUUUUCAACACAAUUUUCAAAGUCACCUAAAAAACCAUUUACUUCAAUGAAUUUAUCUAAAUCUAAUCCUUUUCCAAUUUUUUCCACUGACAAUAAAAAUACAACAUUUGCAUUUACUAAUAUUGUAAAUAAGGAUAUAUUUUCCCGACCAUCAGCAAAGAUUUCGCCCUUUAAAUCUGCACAAACAAAGACACCAUUUUCUUUCAGUAAACCAGUAAUUACUGAAGGCGAAUUAAGUGUUACAAAAACAAUAGUAAAAGAACCCUAUCAAAAUAAAGAGGAAAAAGAAGAGCAAAAGCAUCAAGAAAAGAGUACAGAUUUAAACGCAAGAGAAAAAAUUUUACAAGAUGAAAAGAAGAAGAAGGAGGAAGAAGAAGAGGAAGAAAAAUUAAAACAAAUUCUAAAAGAAUCUGAACAGAUAUAUGAUUCCUUACAAGAAGAAAUUAUUCGAGAUAUUUGUUCUUCAAUUGUUGAAAAUGAAAUGCAAAACAUAUAUAAAGUAUUGACGGAAAAUAUUUUUGAAAAUGUAUUUGAAGAUAUUUUACAAGAGACUUGUGAAGAGAUAUGGAAAGAAGAAAUAUUCAUUCAAAAAACAUUGCGUCUCAUAAAAGAAAAACAAAAACGAAGAAUAUCUGACAAAUACUAUAAACUUUGGAGAAGGUAUGUCAAUAAAAAAAGAAUAAGACGAAAGGCAUUAGACAAUACACCUAUUUGGCUACAAAAACAAAGUUUAGAAGAAUGUGCAAAAUCAUUAUAUUCUAAACAACAGGAUGCAGUUAUUGAAAAUAUGUGUAGAAAACGUUUGAAAUUAUCACCAAAUCAUUCACAAAAACAUAAUCAAGUUCCAAUUGAAGUUGUUAUUUACGCUGGUAUUAAGGAGAAUAUAAAAUCAUUUGACAGUGAAACGCGUCCAAAUAUGUUUUGGAAACUUGCUAUAUCGUGGCCUAAAUUAGAAAAUCGAGUGGUUUUAUAUCAACGCAAAAAAGUUAUAAGUAAAUAUAUAAAUGGCAAUGAUCAAAUUGUGGAUCCAAUUUUGAAAAUUUUCCAACCAAAUGCCUAUGAAACUUUACAUGUUUGUGUUAGAAAUUUUGAUGGUGUAACAAAUGAAGAAAAUUUAACCGGCAUGGAUGCAUUAUUAUUUAUUGCUUCAACAUCUGAAGAAUCAAGAUCAAUUGUUCGAAGAUUAACAAAAACUGUUUUAUCAAAAAAUAAAUUAAUGCCCAUACCAUUAGUUGUGAUACUUUUUCAUGAUGGCAACAUUAAACCCGAAACUAUUGAUAUUACAGCUGAUUUAGAAAAUUUAAUGGACACCGGUUUUAUAUCUGAAUAUACAAUUAUCUUAGAAAAUACAAUUGAUGAAAAUGCAAUUAUUAAAUUGACGCAAAGUGCUGUUCUUUGGCUUGCAGUUAAUAAAUCUCCACAAGUGCCACUUGAAAUGGACUAUCUUAAAAAGGUUUUGAAAGAUUGUUUAAUGGAAGAAUUAUGGUUCAGACUUGAAGGACAUUCUGUAUAUAACAGUCAACUAAAGAAUGCUCUUGAUGAUCCUCAGUUUGUGAUAAAUUUACAUACAGAAGCAAUUACGCAUGUGAUGGAAAUAAUAUUAGAUCAAGAAUCUCUUCUGUACACUGAUUUCUCACCAGAAAUAAAACAAUGUUUAAAAGAAAAUUUUAAUUUGCCAUGCAGUUAUGAAUAUUUUGAUGAUGUUUGGAAAAAUGUUGAAUACAGAGAAACGGUGGAAAGAUUUGUGAAACAACUAAUUGUACCACAAUGGAGGGAUCCAUGGCCAAUUUAUGACAAAAUUCAACUUCAAAAAGCUAUUAGAAAUUUUUGUCUAGAAGCAAUGGCGGAUUUCAGUCACAAUGUAUCGAUAAGUGACAUUUUAAAUAGUUUAUUUGUGAUGAUUGAUACCAGUUCACGUGUAUAUUUUCCUGAUAUUUUACUGCUCAUAACUAGUAAAAAAAUUGACUUAAUGAAAGAAGAAUUAAAAGUUGUUUAUAAUCGCAAUCAUAUUAAACAUUUUCGAACAUUGCCAUGGUGGUUUAAAUCAAAUGUCUUUAUGAAUUAUAAUUUUCAACCAUUUACUAAUUCAAAUAUGGAAACUGAAGUAGUAGAUAAUGAUGUAUCAUUAGUCGAUGAUACAGAUAUUAAUGACUUAUUAAUGAUUGAUGAUUACAUGGAUCAAUCGUUGACAAUGAACAUUAUUAAACCAGUACAAGAAAUUUCUAAAAGCUCACAAAAUCAAAUGACAGCAAUGUAUAAUAAACUAGAAACAUUUGGAUUACAAUUGCAAGAUCAAAAAUUAAAAAAUCAAUAUUUAGAAAAUGAAUUAAAUAAGGCAUUAUUUCCUGACAAUUCUUAAAAAUUGACACAUAAAUCACAAAUCGCCUGUGAUAUUAUGUAAAAUCUUUAUGAAUAAUUAAUUUAAAUUAAUCUGUACAAUUUGUAAUUAUAUGUCAGGCUUGCCCACAUGAAUGCUCCCAGAGCACUAAAAAAUUUUCUUUCUCCUGUCAUGUAGACAAUUAUUUUUUACAUGAGUUUUGUGAAUAUAUAAUUACAGGGCAAUGCCUCAUAUAUAAACUUCAUUUCAUUGUAAAUUUAAGUACAAUAAAAAAAUGUUGUUAUUAAAUUAAAA